GUGGUGUCGCUUUCACUUUCGCAGCUGCUGGGGUCUGUCCUGGUGGGGAUGUUUUUGCUCUACCUCUCUGAGUCGGCCGGGCCCAGGGGUGGGAAUUUCGAGGGGUGCCGGGAUAAUCAAGCAAAAGAAAGAUGAAUUUUGUCUAUGGAUUGCAGUAUGCUACUAGAAACUGUGUUUUCUUCCGAUUUAAUUUACUGACCAACUGGAGAAAAUGUAAUGCACUAGCUGUAACCUCGCCAGACUGUCAUCUGCGCCCAGUACAAAUUAACUAUAUUGUAAAUAAGUAUCAGGACCUGGGAGUAGAUCAGUGUGAUAGAUUGACUUCUCUGCCUGGAAACUUUCAUUUCUAUAGGACUUUUAAUAACAAAAGAACAGGAUAUGCUUCAAGUAUCAAAAGUAAGGACAUUUGGAUGAUUAACCGAAAAUGUACUGCAUGGAAUGACUCCUCUUCAAGACAGAAACUGAUAGAAGAAGUUGCAGGAGUUCCUGCUCUUUCAGUAUUGCAUCCUGUAAACUCUUUUCCCAUAAGAGACGUCAGGAGUUUCCACACUUCGCCACGCUUUCAAGCUGCUCCUGUUCCUCUUUUGUUGUUAAUUCUUAAACCAGUGCAAAAACUACUUGCAAUCAUUGUUGGCAGGGGCAUAAGGAAAUGGUGGCGCGCACUUCCUCCUAACAAGAAGGAACUGUUUAAAGAAAGUGUAAGGAAGAAUAAAUGGAAGUUAUUCCUGGGUUUGAGUAGUUUUGGAUUACUCUUCAUAAUGUUUUAUUUUACUCACCUGGAAGUGAGUCCAAUCACAGGAAGGACCAAGCUACUGCUAUUGGGGAAAGAACAUUUCAGUCUUUUAUCAGAACUGGAAUAUCAAGCAUGGAUGGAAGAAUUCAAAAAUGAUAUGCUAACUGAGGAUGAUGCCCAGUACCUGACUGUUAAAGAAGUGUUUUAUCAUUUAAUUGAAUGCAAUAAAGAUAUUCCAGGGAUUUCUGAAGUCAAUUGGAUUAUUCAUGUGGUUGAUUCCCCAGAUAUAAAUGCCUUUGUGCUUCCAAAUGGACACGUGUUUGCCUUCACUGGGCUUAUUAGUGUGUCAGAUAUUCAUGAGCUUUCCUUCAUUCUGGGCCAUGAAAUAGCACAUGCAGUACUUGAGCAUGCUGCAGAAAAGGCCAGUGUGGUUCAUUUGUUGGAUUUCCUGAGUCUGAUUUUUCUCACAAUGAUUUGGGCCAUUUGUCCUCGAGAUAGCUUGGCAAUUUUGGGUCAGUGGUUACAGUCGAAAUUGCAGGAGUAUUUGUUUAGUAGACCAUACAGUAGAACAUUGGAGGCCGAGGCUGACAAAAUUGGACUACAGCUUGCUGCAAAGGCUUGUGUGGACGUCAGAGCCAGUUCAGCGUUUUGGCAGCGGCUGGAACUUGCAGAUAGCCUCUCUGGUCAUCCCAAGCUGCCAGAAUGGUUGUCCACACACCCUUCUCAUGGAAACCGAGUUGAGCACUUGGAUAGACUCAUACCUGAGGCUCUCAAAAUUAGAGAGAUGUGUAAUUGCCCACCACUUUCUGGACCAGACCCUCGAUUAGUGUUCAAACUCACCAUGAAGCAUUUUCUUGAAGAGUCAGAGAAAGAGGACCCAAAAAGCACUGUUAAGAAACAGAAAGUGGAUACUCUUCCCGUUCAAAAACAGAAGCAAAUACCGUUAACAUAAAUAGCUGAGAAGAGAACUGGCAAUUGAAUUGAAAUAUAUGAGAUACCAGAUAUAUGAAGAACAUUGCAAUCCUUAUCAUUUUUAUGUUACUUUUAAAAAAAAUCUUUGAAAUGAAAAAAAUUGAUAUUCACAGUCAAAUCAUGUAUAUUACAGGUAUUACCUAAAUUCUUCUAGGUAUUUUUCAUGAAAUAUUGAUGUAUUCAAAUCUAUUUUAAAGUAUCUUCAAU